GGGAAGGGGGGGCGCUGUACGUCCAAGAUGGCGGCGCCCUGUAGGCUGGAGGAGCUGUGAGAGGUAAACAGCCGAGGGGGAGGAGGCGGUGGCGCAUCCACCGGGUUUAAAGCUGGAAGAGACCUUAGAGACCGUCUAGUCUAACCCCCUCAUUUGUCAAAUGAGGAAACUGAGGCCCGACAGGAGAAGUGGUUUUGCCCGUUAAUUGAUGAUGACGUUAAGGUGCCUCAGUGUCAAUAAAGGGCAGAAGAGGGAGUCAUAAAGUAAAGAGUGCUUCUGUGUCAGAUGAGUGAGGAGGGCAUUCAGCAUUGCACUUCCACAUUCUCCUCUUAAAGACAUAACUUGGAUACAUGCCAGGCAUGAUAGUUAUUCAAACCCAUUGGCUAUUUCUGUCCUCCCUGAACUUGACUUAGGAUACCUGCAUUACAGUCUGGUGGGUAUAGUGCCCCAGUCAAAGUCCUCAGUCUUCACUGUACCAGACAUCAGAAGUGAGAGCCCCUCAGGGUUUAACUCAUUGGAGAUCAUGAAAGACACCAGGUUGGCAGCACUGGAAACUGAAGUACUAAUUGUCCAUAGAACAGGAAAAUUCAGCUGAUUUUUAUACUAGUUUUUUAAGACAGAAAAGAAAAUUCACCUUUUUCCUUGGUUACUAAACUCUGUGACUGUUACAUGCAUGGCACAGCAUUUGUCCUGGUGACUAAACAUACCUCUCCCAUCAAAGCCAGUCGUGACCUCUCUGUCUGGUCACAAAUGAAGAACCUGUGGAAAUUUUAGUGUGUGUACCAAAACUAGUAUGAGCACAUACAUAUAAGAUAAUGGCACAGCAAGCAAAUAUUAGUGAACUCCUCUCCAUGCUGGAUUCCUCGGCUCUGGGUGUGUUAGAUGACAUAACAACUGUCUUUAAAGAGAACCUCAAUUCUGACCGUGGUCCUAUGCUUGUAAAUACGUUGGUGGAUUAUUAUCUGGAAACCAGUUCUCAACAGGUGUUGCGCAUCCUGACUACAUUGCAAGAGCCUCAUGAUAAGCACCUCAUGGACAAAAUUAAUGAAUAUGUGGGCAAAGCUGCUACUCGUUUACCCGUCCUCUCUUUACUGGGGCAUGUCAUAAGACUGCAACCCCCGUGGAAGCAUAAGCUCUCUCAAGCGCCUCUCUUGCCUUCUUUGCUUAAGUGUCUCAAGACUGAUACAGAUGUAGUAAUACUCACAACGGGAGUUUUAGUCUUAAUAACCAUGCUGCCAAUGAUUCCACAGUCAGGCAAACAGUACCUUCACGACUUCUUUGAUAUUUUUGGCCGUCUUUCAUCAUGGUGCCUGAAGAACCCAGGUCAUGUGACAGAAAUUUAUCUCGUCCAUCUUCAUGCCAGUGUUUAUGCUCUCUUUCAUCGCCUUUAUGGAAUGUACCCUUGCAACUUUGUCUCCUUUCUACGUUCUCACUACAGUAUGAAGGAAAACUUGGAGACAUUUGAAGAAGUGGUAAAGCCAAUGAUGGAACAUGUUCGAAUUCAUCCAGAAUUAGUGACUGGAUCUAAGGACCAUGAACUGGACCCUUGCAGGUGGAAGAGAUUAGAAACUCAUGAUGUUGUAAUAGAAUGUGCCAAAAUUUCUCUGGACCCCACCGAAGCCUCAUAUGAAGAUGGCUAUUCUGUGUCUCAGCAGAUCUCAGCACGUUUUCAUCAUCGUCCAACUGAUGCCACCAUCAGCCCUCAUGUUGACACACAGAAUAGUUAUGGGAAUGCUACUUCUACCCCUUAUUCCACUCCUCGGCUGGCGUUAUUAAACACGCCAGGGCAGCUACCUCAGGUUCUGAGUUCCACAACACGGCUGUCAACUGAGCCGUCACAAGCUACUAUAUGGAGCCCCUCUUCAGUCUGUGGUAUGACCACUCCUCCAACCUCACCUGGAAAUGUCCCACCUGAGUUGUCACACCCUUAUAGCAAAGUCUUUGGUACAUCUGGUGGGAAAGGAACUCCUUUGGGAACACCAGCAACCUCCCCUCCUCCUCCCUGCCAUUCAGAUGACUACGUGCACAUUUCACCCCCUCAGGCUAUAGUCAUGCCCCCCAAGAAGGAGGACAGACUGGAUUCUGUGAGACCAUGUCUACAUAGACAACAACACCUUUCUAAUGAUAGAGGAUUAGAAGAAACAUCUGACAAUAAGGGUUCUGUCACUUUAAGGGAUCUUCCAGGGUUUUUAGUUGAUCUAGACUCUGAAGAAGAUAGUGUUGAGAAAGAUAAGGAAGAAGCUGCAAUAUCAAAGGAGCUUUCUGAGAUCACUACUUCAGAUGCUGAGCCUGUGGUGCCUCGAGGAGGAUUUGACUCCCCUUUCUAUCGAGACAGUCUCCCAUGUUCUCAGAGAAAGUCCCAUUUAACAUCUUCUAACACUCAAGGUCCCAGUGUGAGCACUGAACCUCUAACUUCCUCUCUGGACAAGCUUGGGCCUGACACACCAAAGCAAGCCUUUACACCCAUAGAUCGGCCCUGUGGGUGUGCCAGUGAAAGCCCUGCUGGUAACAGGGAAAACCAGACUUCACUGGAGACAAACAUUUUCACACCUAGCCCUAAAAUUCCAUCUCAGAGAAAAGUAGGUUUUGGAAGUGGACAAUCUCCCCCGUACGAUCACCUUUUUGAGAUGGCACUGCCAAAGACUGCUUAUCAUUUUGUCAGCAAGAAGACUGAAGAGCUGUUAAAAAAAGUAAAAGGAAACACAGAGGAAGAUUAUAUGCCUUCCACUUCCCCAAUGGAGGUACUGGAUAGGCUGAUACAGCAGGGAGCAGAUGCACAUACAAAGGAGCUGAACAAGUUGUCUUUGCCCAGUAAGUCUGUCGAUUGGACCCACUUUGGAGGCUCUCCACCCUCAGAUGAGAUUCACACCCUUCGGAACCAAUUGCUGUUACUGCACAACCAGUUACUCUAUGAGCGCUUCAAAAGGCAGCAGCAUGCUCUCCGGAACAGACGGCUCUUACGGAAGGUGAUCAAAGCCACAGCUCUGGAGGAACACAACGCUGCUAUGAAAGAUCAGUUGAAGUUACAAGAGAAGGACAUCCAGAUGUGGAAGGUUAGCAUGCAGAAAGAACAGGCCAGAUACAAUCAGCUCCAAGAGGAACGUGACACUGUGGUGACCCAGCUCCACAGCCAGAUCAGACAGCUGCAACACGAUCGGGAGGAAUUCUAUAAUCAGAGCCAGGAAUUGCAGACAAAGCUGGAAGACUGCCGGAAUAUGAUUGCAGAUCUGAGGUUAGAAUUAAAGAAGGCCAAUAAUAAGGUGUGUCACAGAGAGUUGCUGCUCAGCCAAGUUUCUCAAAAGCUUUCAAACAGCGAAUCAGUCCAGCAGCAGAUGGAGUUCUUGAACAGGCAGCUGUUAGUUCUUGGGGAGGUCAAUGAGCUAUAUUUGGAGCAACUGCAGAACAAGCAUGCAGACACUACACAGGAAGUGGAAAUGAUGAAGGCUUCUUAUCGAAAGGAACUAGAGAAAAAUAGAAGCCAUCUCCUUCAGCAGAAUCAGCGGCUUGAUACCUCCCAAAAAAGGAUUCUGGAACUAGAAUCUCAUCUGGCGAAAAAAGACCAUCUGCUAUUGGAACAGAAAAAAUACCUGGAGGAUGUCAAACUUCAGGCUAGAGGACAGCUACAGGCAGUAGAGAGCAGGUAUGAGGCUCAGAAAAGGAUUGCCCAGGCAUUUGAAUUAAAAAUCUUAGAUUUGUAUGGCAGACUGGAGAAGGAUGGCCUCCUGAAAAAACUUGAAGAAAAGACAGAAGCAGCUGAGGCAGCUGAGGAAAGGCUUGACUGUUGUAAUGAAGGUUGCCCCGAUUCACUGGUAGGGCACAACGAAGAGGCCGCUGGCCGAAAUGGUGAAACUAAGACCCCCAAGUCUGGUAGCAGCCGGGGCAGUAGUGGCAGCAGAGGAGGUGGAGGUAGUAGCAGCAGCAGCAGUGAGCUUUCUACCCCCGAAAAACCCCCAAACCAGAGGGUAGGGCCAUUCAGCAGUCGGUGGGAAACAACUUUAGAAACUUCCACCAGCAUCCCUGUGACUGUUGGCUCACUUCCCAGUUCAAAGAGCUUCCUAGCCAUAAAGGCUCGAGAAUUGUUUCGUAAUAAAAGUGAGAGCCAGUGUGAUGAGGAUGGCUUGACCAACAACAGCCUUUCUGAGACACUAAAGACUGAACUGUACAAAGAUCCAAGCACGGAAGCAAAAGCCCCCCUGGGCCUAGACAACCCUCACCCCUCUCCCAAAAACCAGGAAAGUGUUGGACAGCUUCGUAUCAUGGACUACAAUGAGACUCAGCAUGAACCCAGUUAAAGGAUGAUGGUCAAUCAGUGUUAACUUUCAUAUUCUUGGCAUAGAAUGGGAGGCAUGAAUGCAAGUGUAAAAGCUUUCAUUUUUCCAGGCUGUGAGUAGCUAGCUCCUGCCAUGGAAAUAGGACUGAGCUCCUUUUGACAAAAGACUGAAUGCAGAAUGGUGUUUGGAUCUGGCAUUGAAAUGCCUCUGACCUUUCUCUUGACUCUUAUCUAAACCUCUCCUUUCUUUCCUAGCAGUGUGUGCUAACCCAAGGGCCAGUUUGCAUUCAUAAGUAUCUUUAUUUUCUUCCUCCUUUCCCCAAAUGGUUGCAUCCUAUAAACCUGUGCAAUAUGAGGCCAAAUUUAAUCUUUGAAUCUAACGCACACAACUUUCUGCUUUACUGAAGCUCAAGUAGCUUGCCCAGCUUUCAGUGCAGAACCAGUUAAUUGGUGGUGGUACAGGUAAGUCUGUUUUUUUUUUUCCUUUCUAGGAUGCAGUUUACAGAGCCAGUUGCCUUCAGGUGAAGGCUUCUAAAUGCAUAUGUUUUUUUCUCCCUGCUUUCUGGUUCUGAAGUUCAGCACCCAAAGCAGUGGAUCAAGAAAAAAAGUGGUGUGUUAUUCACCCUUAUGUUCUUUGGAGGCUCUGAUAAUGCUUCCUAGAAAGUUUGGUGUGAACACACUCUUUGGCCAUUUCAAAGAACUGGAGCUGGAGCUGUGGGGUUUGGUGAAGCACCAUCCCUCCUUCCCCUCUACCUCUUAUUUAUUUGGUGUUGGCUGAAAAGCUGGUACUCUUCUGACUACAACUGGGGGGGGUGUGCAGGUGAUGAAACCCAAACUCUGGGGAGAGAAAGAAUGGAGACUGGAAAUUUACCUAAGGAACCCUUGUGGAAGAGUUAAUGUGUCCCCAGGCAAAUCUUGGGCUGGCUGAACCUUUUUCCUUCCGUUUUUUUAUCAGUUUCUUUUUGUGAUUCUCUCCUUGUUCAUCUCAGUCUCUAAUACUGCACCAGAAAUGAUCAGAAGUUCCAAAGAAAUCUCCUCAAUGUCAUUUGUUAUGUAGCUAUGUGACCAUCUUUUCUUAGGUCUGGCCUCAGUAUGGCUUAGGCCAACAUAAUAGCUACAGCUUUUUUCCAUACUAACUGUAACUUUGUAUGUUAGGUACUUGGUUUGCAGGUAGGAUGGAACUAAUGAAUUCCAAGUUUCAGUGGUGAUGGGUUUUGAGGGAAAAUUUGUGAAGUUGUAACCAAUACGGAUCAACACAGGUCCCAUUUGGAUGAUCAAACAUAUGUGGACAAGGGAUGACUGUGUACUUCAGACAACUGCCAGGGGAGAGUGGCAGAAAACCCAGCUCUGCCAAAGCCUUGAAAAUGUUAGAAACCUAAGAAAUGCUUCAAUUGGAAUAUUAGGUAGCAAAUGAAGACUGGAAUUACAAAUAAUGUUUUGAAGCCUAGAGGAUGACCCAUGGGCUACAGAUAAUUAUAAAAAGAAUAGAGGUGUGGGGGAAGCCAGGGGAAGAUGAAGAUUCUUAAAUCUUACUGAGCAAGGAAAUGCAGGAAACUCCAUGCUUUAAAAAUAAGUGGUAAUAAGACUUAACUCUAGUAUCCCUUCCCAUGUUGAGACUGAGCAGGAAGUGACUGCACUAGAAUUGGCAAAAUUAGGCUGGCUAAUAAUAUGGGGACCUCUGAUAUCCACACCUAAUUUGGUUGAAUAUUUCAUCAGGACGAGAUGUGGAGGUAAGGGGGUUUUAUUGUUGUUGUUUGUGGAUGUGUGUUUGGUAUUUUUAAUGAGUUGGCUUAGAGAGUACUUUAGAAUAGUAGGCUGAAACUUGUCUAGGAUUUGUUCAUGGGCAACCCAAUGUUUCAGUAACUAUCACAACACACUUAGUUUGAUAUUUCUGGUUGGAGAAGGAAAGCCCCAAACUUUUAAUAAGAGGUCAUUCAUUUUUAGGAGAGGCAACAAAGACAAAACACCAUUUCUAACUGAAAAGUUAUGGUAACCCUAGAAAUGUCUUAAACAUACCCUCUUACAAAGCCCAGGAAAAACAUGUGCUAGAAGUUGAAAAAUACUAGGUACUUGAACAAAAGCCCUGUAUGGCUAACAAGUGAAUUAAAGAUGGCCUUUGGAAGGAGAAAAAAAAAGAUUUUUAUCUUUAUAGUUUUAUAUAUACAUACAUACAUACACACACACACACACACACACACACACAUAUCUGGAGAGAUUGUACAAACGCUCAUUUUUAAAACAGAGGUGAUCUGGUAUAAAUAUCUGACUGGGAGUCAGAACAGUUCUAAUCCCAGCUCUUCCACUAACUUAAACUAUGACAGUGGCUAGGUUUCUGAACUUCAGUUUCUGUAAAAUAAGGAAGGUUGGGCUAAAUAACUUACAAGGUCCCGUUCAGGUCAAAUAUUCUGUAAGUAAAUAAAACUUUAAGUCUACAGUGGAUGAAGAUCAAAUAUAAAAUAGGCUAAAAGAAAUCAUUCUGCAUAUACUUUUUGAAGGAGCUAAAAGCCAAUAGUGCAAUUCUUUAAUUACAUGGUUAAGCUAGAAAGUCAGUGGGAACACUGGAUCAUAGUACAAAAAGUUCUUCAGGGAAUAAGGAUGUAGAAGAGAGGCUGCUCUCCAUUCCUGAAUUCUCUUAAAGUAAAUGGAUCAGAAUUAUUUGAACAAAUAGUGGCACAAGCACAGGGUGUCCUAGACCAAUAUCAAAUUAAGUAUAAAUAAAAGAAUCAAAGCGUUAUCAAAAAACUAAAUGGUAAAAAUUAAGGAACUUUUCGGCCAGAUAUGCAACCAGUAAGAAACGUUCACCAGAUCAGAGAACUACUAGAUUAUCACUGAUUCCCAUUCCUUGGGGAGACUUUGAACUCUAGACUAGUGAGUCUGGUGCCUGUGAAGCUGGUAGAAUCAAUUAUGAAGGAUAGUAACAAGAACAUAAGUAGAAUACAGUGGACCUUUGCAUGGCAGAGUUGGAAGGAAGGGAAAUUAUGUGCUAACAAUAGGAAGAAAUCAUGCCUGAAUCUGCUCAAAUUUGAAGGUGUAAAUUUUAGGCUUUCCCAAUGCCUUUGACAAAAGUCUUAUCAGAAAGUUGAAAAUUGAGUUACUCUUGGAUUAGGAAGAAUGUUUGCCCAUGGAUGGGGAGCUUGCUUAGAGAAGUGAACCGAAGUGUGUAGGAUAAUGGUCAAUGAUUCUGUGGAUAGGAUAGUAACAGGAUUCUUAGAAGCAAUCAUAUAACAUUUUUACAAAUGAAAUAAAUAUCAAAGGUUUGUGGGUGACACUCAGCUUUUCUGGGUAGUGGAAUAACAAGCCUGUGGGUAUGUGCUUCAGGAAAAUUUCAUGAGGUCUAAGUGGGGGAAAAAGAUGACAGAUGAACUUCAGUGUGAGCAAGUGUCAAUAAUGUACUUGUUCCAAAUCAUACUUUAAAAGAUGAGCUGUUAACAUCUAAGAAAGAUCUGAGAAUUAUUACCUUUUUUGAGAACAAUGUUGCUAUAGCUUGAAAAGUCUUUGAAGAGUGGAAACAAACUUUAUUAGGAAGGGAAUUGAAAACACAAACAUCCAAACCAUGACUCUUCUGCUUAUGCAAUAUAUGCAAUUUGAUUUGCUUAGGAAGGAUAAAGCCAAAGACUAGGCAACAGGGUGACAAGGACGAGGCAGGCAAUGAUGGGAGUUUUUGUGAGGACAGACAAAAAUGAAAAAUAAAAUUUGUCAAGAAAGGCUGAGUGGAUGUGGUCAAAAUUUAUAAAAUUAUGGAAAGAAUUACUAAAGGAAAAGGUGGCCUUUUCCACCAAAUCUUGGAAAAUUAUAACUAGAGGUACCCUUUUGAAUCUAGAAAGACAUAAUUUUAGAAAAGCUUAAGUACUGCUUGAUAGUGGCUAGCAAACUUUUGGAACAUAAUAAUAAGGUGGUUUGGAGGUAAAAAGUACAGGUUCAAGAAAGAUUAACAUUAAUUUAUGAAAGGUUGAUCCAUAAUAGGUUAUUAAGAGAAACUAGGGCUGGGGCAUGUCCCUAGCCUUUUGAAGUUGCUUCAGCAAGAAUAGCCAUGUUUUCUCACAAUGGCCUUUGGUUGUCAAUAUCAGACAAAAUACUGGGCCGAGUGGAUCAUUAUUGGUCUGACCAAGGAUGAUAUGUUUCAAAUAGUUGAUGGAGAAAUGAGUGUUUUGGACAGGUUAGCCUGUUGCAUUCUUCACUCUUCAUGGUACAUGCUUUAUAGUUGCCCCAUAAUGAGUGUUUGAAAUUGUAUCUUGUCCAAAGCUGUGUGUAUGUGUGUAUACAUCUUUUUGUAAGUUUUCAGAAUAGUCUCACUUGCAAGUUAAUUGCACCUAUCUAAGCUUUUACCAGUAGGAACUUUGUCCAGCUGAAUAAGGGAUGGGUUUAUGUAAGGGAAUUGGCCCCCAAGUUGCUGCUGUGUGCCCUUGUCUUAUAUUUGGCUCCAGAAUCCAUUGUUUAGCUACAUGUGUGCUUAAUGAAAACAUAACGGUUCAGUUUUCUAAAACAAUCCUGCAAUCUAUAUGUGCUAAUAAUAUAAGGGGGAAAGUGAAUUCUGGUUUGUUCACAAAGUUAAGCUGGCACCACCGUAAAUGGGCAGUGCUGUCUACCUAACAUAACUUUACUACCCCGAGAUGAGGUAAUGAAGGUAGAGUGUCUUUCUUUGUCCCUUCUUUCCCCAUUGCUCAGUGGAUAAUAGAUAAAUGUAACUUUAAAACCACAAAAAUUAUCCUUGAGUAAACAGACUAGCUUACCUACUGAGCUAGAUCUCCUUUCAGAGGAUACGAGAAUUUGAAACCUGUAGGCUGAGUCCAGGUGCCAUGUUUGGAGGGAGGGGGUGUUCUUUAUAGCAGGAUCAUAUGCUGUUGAUUCCAAUAUGGGUUUACCCAGGAGCACCAGGUGUUUUACACUAGGAAGAAUUGGGAAUCACUUUCAGAAGACUUUGUUUUUCUAUGGACCAUGAAGAUUAUGGAGGAACAAAUUUUUUGCUAAAGACAUAAUCUAGUUUUGUAAACCUCAACUAUGGAACUUCAGAAUAAUAGAGUGAACUUGCAGUUUAAAGGGAUCCUUUGGCAAAGUGGCAACACUUCUUUUUUUAACUGCUUUUAGUUCAAAUCUAAAAAUGUCAUCUUUUGUCAAAAAGGUUCAAUCCGUUCCCUGCCUCACGCUUGUAAGCAUGUCAGAAACAAUCCACAGUAAAUGCCAUAAAUAUGAACUGCAAAGGAAAAUGGUACAAUCUUAGUGAAUGAGAAUUGGAAUCAAAAGGUUUUGCUGUCCUUACUAGAAUGUUCUAAAAAUGUCAAGGCAGUUGCUUGUGUCUAACUGUGAACAAAUAAAAAUUUAUUGUUUUGCACUA